AUGGGUUUCAAGGGCCAUGUUAUUAAUACACAAGUUGAUGAAGGCCUUCCAUUCUACUCACAGGUUAUAUUGACGUCUUCAAGUUUCCAUAAAAAUAAAGAGUCUUCUGCUGAUGGAUCAUCAAAUACGUUUCUAUUCAAGAGUUUGGACCCGCUCAUUACAACACAUGAUAUGAAAAAAUUAGUUUUACACUCUGAAUGUCUUUUAAACUUUUUUAAUAUUAGGUAUAAUGAUGUUGAGAUCAUAGAGAAGGGUAGCAACUUAUAUCACACUAGAGCUGCAAACAAGAAUGUUGAGAUUCCUAGAGUUUUAACAGUUGAAUACACACCUUCUUUUUACUCUAAAAAGGGAUCUUUGAUAAAAGGUAGAAUUAAUAACACACCAGUCAAUAUACCAAAUAUUCAAAAGAUAUGUGACGAAUAUAUGUCAAAAUAUGACCUACAAGAGGCGAUAAAUAAGAGAAUGAAGAAGAAGAUCGUUACUGAUGAAGAAGGAUUCCAACUGGUAACUGCAGGACCAUUGCCGGUAAAGGCUUCAGAAUUGCCAUUGAAGAAGAGGAAAAAAUAG